CGCUGAACAGCUUUGGGCCGAAGGACCAUGAGAGGGCCGGAGCCAGGUCCCGAACCUACCAUGGAAGGGGACGUGCUGGACACACUGGAGGCUCUGGGGUAUAAAGGACCACUCUUAGAAGAGCAAGCCCUUACCAAGGCAGCAGAGGGUGGGCUAUCUUCACCUGAAUUUUCAGAACUCUGUAUUUGGUUAGGCUCACAAAUAAAAUCAUUAUGCAACUUGGAAGAAAGCAUCACUUCAGCUGGGAGAGAUGAUUUAGAGAGCUUCCAGCUUGAGAUAAGUGGUUUUUUAAAAGAAAUGGCAUGUCCAUAUUCUAUACUCAUAUCAGGAGAUAUUAAAGACCGUUUAAAAAAGAAGGAUGACUGUUUGAAACUUCUGUUAUUUUUAAGUACAGAACUUCAAGCUUUACAGAUAUUACAGAACAAGAAACAUAAAAAUUCUCAAUUAGAUAAAAAUAGUGAAAUUUAUCAGGAAGUUCAAGCUAUGUGUGAUACCCUUGGUGUACCCAAGUCCACAACUUCUGACAUUCCACUUAUGCUAAACCAAGUGGAAUCAAAGGUGAAGGAUAUUCUCUCAAAAGUCCAGAAAAAUCAUGUGGGAAAACCACUGCUGAAAAUUGAUUUGAAUCCAGAACAGGCGGAACAACUGGAAAGAAUCAAUGAUGCUCUUUCCAGUGAAUAUGAAUGCCGCCGGCGGAUGUUAAUGAAACGAUUAGAUGUGACAGUGCAGUCCUUUGGAUGGUCUGAUAGAGCAAAGGUAAAAACAGAUGACAUAGCAAGAAUUUACCAGCCUAAGCGUUAUGCUUUGUCACCCAAGACAACAAUUACAUUGGCGCAUCUACUUGCCGCUCGUGAAAGUCUAUCCAAGAUCGUUAGGACAAGUAGUGGCAGAAGCCGGGAGAAGACGGCAUGUGCUAUUAAUAAGGUGCUGAUGGGAAGGGUGCCUGACAGGGGAGGACGGCCGAAUGAAAUUGAACCACCACCACCCGAAAUGCCCCCUUGGCAAAAGAGACAAGAAGGCGGUGGAAGGGGUGGUUGGGGUGGUGGAGGUGGGGGUAGAGGAGGCGGUGGGGGUGGAAGAGGUGGCUGGGGAGGUGGAGGAAGCUGGGGUGGUGGGGGGGGAGGAGGAGGAGGGUGGGGAGGAGGAGGUGGGGGAGGUGGUGGUAGAGGAGGUUUCCAAGGUAGGGGAGAUUAUGGUGGAAGAGGGGGCUAUGGUGGAAGAGGGGGCUAUGGUGGGAGAGGUUAUGGAGAUCCAUAUGGAGGAGGUGGUGGUGGUGGUGGAUAUAGAAGAUACUAAAAAUUACAAAAAUUAGAUAGCAGUGCUUACUUCUUGAUUAGAUACAUUAGGCAUAGUAUUCUGAAUAACAUACUGUGUGUGAAUAUCAUCUUUGAAGUAAACACUAUGUUAGACCCCCUGAUGAUAACAUUCUUGAAUUGGGUCAAUAUGUAAGAACAUUGUUUUAUACUACCAGUUGAUCACUGUUUUAUACUACAGGUAGACAAACUGAUUUUUUCCAUAUUCUGUGUACUCUUGGGCAUGUUGUGUCUUUUUAAAAAACAAAAAAAUGAACAAAAAUUGUUUUUAAAAAUGUAAAUAUUUAUUAACAUCAAACUUGGGAAAUGGAAAGUAUUUUAUGGUCAUGAUUGAAUUUAGAUUGUUACCUGUAUUUUGUUCAGGUUUAGGACACAUAAAUGACCCCACCUGUAAUGGAAAGGAAUAUAGAUUCUUGCCUCAUCUGUAUUCCUGUCAGUGUGUUUUGUAUUUGUUAAUUCCACUUCACAAAAUACAGAAAGGGACUGAUAGUUGUGUUCCAUAGGUAGUUGUUAUGGUUAGUGUUUUCUUUCAUAGGAGGAGAUUCCUCUGGCCAGGUUUCUGUUAAAGCUCCAUUAAUUGAAGGCCAAGUCUACUUUUUGCUGUGCAUAUUUGAUUUAUUUUCCAUUUGCAUUUGAAAUCUGUGAUUUUGUUUGACCCACAAAGCAAAGUUAAAGAUUGAAUUCAGAAUUCCGUUAAAGGGACAAAGACAUACCAAUUUUACAUAAUGGUGAAAAAUAUUCCUAUAAACUGGUCUCUUAAUCACUUGUGCCCUCACUUUAGGUAUCUAAGUAUUAAAAGGUAGGCUGAGCUGUCUCACCAGGAUUAAGGCAGUAAUUUCCAGCUUCAGUAGAUCAGGGGUAGGGCUUGGUGAUUCUGACUCACAGCUAGAUUUGGGAAACACAUCAUUAGGGAAUGACUAUAUGUGGUUUGGUGUGGUUGGAGCAGUCAAAAGCUUGAGAUUAGGAGUUGUGAGUUCUAAUGUCACUGGGCUAGGAGUGCUGUGGGUUAAAAUAACCCUAGUUCUCAAGUAUUGAUUUUUUAUCAUUUGUCAAAUGAGGAAUUAGAUGCUUGUCCCCUUCUCAGGUUGUUUCAUAAAGACUUAAGUACAAAAGCAAUUUGUUGAAAAUGUAUAGAAGGCCUAUUAUAAAUGGUUUAAGAGGGGGCAAGUAAUAUAUUUUUCUCUUAGUGCAGAGAGAGAGAGAGAGAGAGAGAGAGAGAGAACUAGUCACAAAGAUUUUUUCAAUCCCACUGUAAAAUCUGUGUCUCAGACUAGACUCCUCAUCAACACUUGUGUAUAAUAAUGUUGUGUUCUCUACCCAGCUCAACAGAUAGAGAACUGAAUUGUUACCAGUGGACAAAUGAUAUUUGAUGUUUGGCAAGUUUUUUGUUGUUGUGUUGUUUUGUUUUACAAUAAACCCUGUGGUUAAAUCUAAAAUAAUGUUAAAACUUUAAAAGUAAAUAUUGUUUAUACUGCAGUCUUGGACAUGUAUUUCUCAAGCCAGCCCUUUGAAGAAAUGUGUUCAGGAAAGGAAAACAUAAUAUUUUUUGGUUAUUUGUAAAUUUAGGGUUCUUUGUGUGUUUUAUAUUUAAUGAACAAAAUUCAUUUGUGAUAGUUGAAGAAAAAGGCUUUCCAUAAUCAAAAAGAAAAAAAAAACACCUUUAUCAGUAGUUAUGAACUACUCUGAAAAAUAAUUUUUUAAAAACAUAUAAGCAGAAGACCACUUGAGUACAGUAUUUCAAAAGCGUUAUUAGUUUAAAACAUGUUCAGUUAAAACCUUUACAUUUCUGCUUCAUUCCUUCUUGGGAGCAUUAAUUGCUGAUACAGAAAGGGGAUUUACAACUAUUUGUGAUGUUUUUACCACUAAAGGUUUAUGGUAAAUGUGGCAAAAAACAUUAGUUUAUGAAUUUCUAUAAGAUUUUUUAUGCCAUGGUAAGAGUGCUAUGUGAGUUAUCCACUGCAGUCACUAUAAACCUUUUCUAAGUUUAGCACCUGCUUCUGGAAUCAUGUUGGAUCUAGAACCACUCCUAUUUACGCAUUCUGAUAAACCUCAUUUGAAUGAAAAGCUGAGUCUUCUAAAGCUAAUAUCCUUUCCUGUUAAGUGGAAUUAUCAUGAUAAUCUUUAUUCAGUAAAGAUUUCUUCUGUAGAAGAGUUUGCUUUUAGCAAUAUCUAGAAUAGCAAUAAGGCGAUUUGGAGUCUUAAUGUGAAAGAUCAUUAUGUGAAAACGUUUUAUAAAUUGAGUGCAAUAAGAAUGAGUGUCACUUCUCUGCUUCCUAAAAUCUAAGACCUUAUUCAUU